AUGGCGACUUUCCACACUUUCAGAAAGAGUCACAGGAAGACUAGAGCAUCUCUCAGAAAAAGCUUCAGUGAAGGUGUGUUCCAGUCUGUAAAGUCUUUAUUACAGAGUGAGAAGGAAUUAUGCAGUAUAUCAGCAGAGGACAGCUUGAAGCAGGAUGAACAUGCCAGUUUGACUGAGGUCACAUUUCUAGGUUUUAAUGAAGAAACAGAUGCUGCUCAUAUACAGGAUUUAGCUGCAGUUUCUUUGGACCUUCCAGAUCUACUGAAUUCACUCCACUUCUGCAGUCUAAAUGAAAAUGAAAUUAUUUGUAUGAAGGAUAUAAAAAAAUCGUCAGAAGUAAACAGUGGUCCUCUAAAUCAGAGUCAUCAUUCUGGAAUGCUUUGCGUCAUGAGACUGUCACCUACAUUACCAAGACUCAGAAUUGACUUUAUAUUUAGUCUGCUAAGUAAAUAUGCCACUGGUAUCCGAUACACCCUGGAAACAUACUUGCAUCAGAAGGGCCAACUUGAGACCACUAAUGAAGACGAUGACGACACUAACCAGUCAGUGUCUUCCAUAGAGGAUGACUUUGUCACUGCUUUUGAGCACUUAGAGGAAGAAGAGGCUUCAAAGACAUAUACUGAUGGAGUAAACAUUUCUGCACUAAGGAGCCAGUGUGAUGUUGCUUCGCAGACUGUUUCUGGUCAUCAUGUAGAAACCCAUGAUUUAAGGGUUCUGAUUAGCUCUGGGCAGCCGAAACCAUCGGCUCAGCCCUCAGCUUCCCUUAUCAAUAUUCUGGAACACAAACCACCACCUUCUGUGAAAACUUCAGUCACAACAUCAGUUUCAGAGCCUUGGAUCCAAAGGAGUUUCUACAGGUCAACUAAUGCUUCAGAUCAAGGUGGUGAAAUACAGAAAAUGUUUUUUUCAUCCUCUCCUGUGUAUUCCUCAGAAUCAGAAUGCUCAAGUCCAAGUCCUGUUAUUUUCUUGGAUGAAGAGGGAUAUCAAAAAAGUUUAAAAGCAAAACUUGAGCUGCCUAAAAUUCCUGUGAUGAAACAUGAUAUAGAGGAUUCAGACUCAGAAGUAAGUGAGUUUUUUGAUAGUUUCGAUCAGUUUGAUGAACUAGAACAAACUUCAGAACCGUCUUGUCUGUUAAUAAAAGAUCCUGCCAUUGGGAAGCCGUUGCAAAAGAAAGAGCACAAACAUGAAAAAUCUUGUUCUGUGACCACUACCAUGAAUCCUCAAAAGUUCAAGUUUGAUCGUCCAGCUCUCCCAGCUAAUGUUAGAAAACCAACUCCACGGAAACCAGAAUCCCCCUACAGUAACCUAUGUGAGGCUCCAGAUUCUCGCCCAGUGCAGGCGUCUGGGGAAGACAGUGGCUUGUUUAGCCCCAUUCGAUCCUCUGCUUUUAGUCCUCUUGGAGGCUGUACUCCUGCUGACUGUUUCUGCCAAACACUUACUGGUGGAGAUAAGGUUCAUGAAAAUCACGAUUCUAUUUUUUAUAUGUAUGAAGAUUAUGCAAAUUGUGUUUCAUGCAAAGUACUCAAUUCAGUUCUUCAUGCCCAGCAUACUAAUGCACUAUCAAACAUUGAUAGUAUUAAAAAUGGAGAAAAUAAAAGCAUACCUCUUCAACAUGGGAACCUUGAUCAAAACAAUAAAUCUAAAAAUAAAUCCCUAAUGAUUAAAGAUAGCAUUCAGAAAUUUGCAGCAGAUCUUGUGGAAAAAAGUUUUGGCAGUGCAUUUAAAGACUUACAGAAAGGAGUCUCGUCGUGCACCAAUGCCUUGUGCCACUUAGCCAUCAAAUUGACAUCAUCCAUUUUUCAGAUGGCAUUUAACGAACUGAGACGGCAGCGUGCAUUUUCCCUGAGAGAACGAGCCAUUAGUGGCCUGGCUAAUUUUUUGGUGAGUGAAGCUUUAUCAAAUGCUUUAAAAGAUUUGCAGUAUGUAAAGAAGCAGAUCUUUACAAACACAGUUGCUAGGUUUGCUGCAGAUCUUGCUGAAGAGCUGGUUUUUGAAGGCGUCAUGGAAGUGUGCCAGUUUUCAUAUCCUCCCACACCUGCAUUUCCACAGUGUUGGUCGUUUGACUAUGAAGACAAAGUAGUGAAGUCAUAUGCAAAAGAUUUGUCUGAAUCUGUAAUACAGGAAGCAUUCAUUGAGCUAUCACAAGUUGAUGUGACCUUCACAACUAAAGCAGCAGUUAGUGUUUCUACAGAGAACAUAAAGUAUGUGAAUGCAGAAACUGUUGUGCCAUCGACACAGACCUUCACCUUUUCCUCUGCUUUUAGCAAUCAAGCAAUUAUGGUGACAAAACCAAUGCAGGAGUAUAAAAAAGAAUACACAGUACAGCAGGCCUUGUUUUGUGCUUCUGGAAUUGUUACUUCUAUACCAAUGCCCUUGGCAGGAAGUGCCCUUCUCCCAUAUCAUAUUUCAUCUAAUCUGUGUCAGGCAAAGUCUCAUCUGUCAUCUGAUGGUAGUAUUUCAAAUCGUGAUUCUACCCAAGCUUGUGCUACCACAAAAAACAAAGAAGGGGAAGUAGCUUGUCUCAGAAAUAUUUGUCGACCUUCAGAUUCAGAACACAAUCUAAGUAACCAGAAUGAUUUUAAACCAACUCAGGAUGAUACUGAAAUGCAGAAUUCUUCAAAUCUAACAAGUGAUCCUGCAAUUAUUAACAACUUUUCUGCAGCAAUGGUGCAUACAAUAGUCAAUGAAACUUUAGAGUCAGUGACAUCAUUUGGAGGUACAAAAACAGUUGAUGAACACACAGAUUAUCUAACUAAAACAGUGGAGGGAAAGAGCCUACCUUUCUACUAUGAUGGAGCACCACUGCAACACAGUGAUGCUAGCUCAAAGGAUAUGUUUGCUGACCGAUUAUCUAAAUCUAUUAUUAAAUAUUCCAUAGAUAAUAGCAAAUCAGUGAUUGUAAAUAUAGAUAAAAAUGUGGUGCACAAGGAAGGCUUGCCUGUUCCUGGAGAAGAGUCACAAUUGACCUUAGAACAGUUUCCCAGAUUUCUUGACACUCAAGAUCCUUACGCAGUUUUAGUAGGAAAGGAUGGUGCUACAGAAUGUAAAGGCCUCAUGGCUCAUGGAUUUUCUUUAGAAACACCAGCACCGUGUCCAGCUGUGGCAACUCAAAAGUCUGACUUGAAGGAACUUGCCAAAGAGAAAUCAGUGAAGAAGCAUAGUUUAAAUAAUACUGCACUUGAGCCCUUGUCUUUUGGGCAAGAAAACCUGUUUCCUCAUUCACACACUUUCACAUCUCCAGGGCUUACCUGUGCAGAUGGCUUGCAUGUGGAAGAUAAACAGAAAAUCAGAGAUGCAAAGGUCAUACCCGAAACUCCUCCAUCAACUCCUCUGGUACCAUCAUCCCAAGCUAGUUCCGAAUGGGAUAUCAAGAAGUUAACCAAAAAGCUCAAGGGGGAAUUAGCCAAGGAGUUUGCACCUGCCACACCACCUUCUACACCACACAACCCAUCUGUUGGUAGUUUGUCUGAAAAUGAACAAAACACUAUAGAAAAAGAAGAGUUUAUGUUGAAGCUCAUGAGAUCUCUUUCAGAAGAAGUUGAAAGUAGUGAAGGUGAAGAGCAGCACCCAGGAGCGGACAGGAAGUCAGAGCACUCAGGGGAGAAAGUUCAGUUUGCAGAGGCAUUGGCUACACACAUAAUUUCUCUUGCAACUGAAAUGGCAGCUUCUCAUUUAGAUAAUAAAGUAAUUCAAGAACCCAAGGUUAAAAGCCCUUCCUUAAAUGUACUAAAUCAAACAAGCUUAUCUCCUCCUUUUUUCAGUCACUCAGAUGAAAAUUUACAAGCAUUAUGGAACUUUGCAGAUGAUCUGGCAGCAGAGGUGAUUACAGAGGCUGAGAAAAUAGCAAAACUGAAAAGUUGUGUGCUUUCCAAGCAAAGGAAGGACAGUUGUUAUGCUGAAGGCUUCUAUUUUAAAAGAGGUGACCAACAUGGUAUAGCAGAAGGGAAGGUGGCUGUAGAGGCUGUGGCACAUGCGAGAGAAGUGGAUCCAUUUGUUCUCUCCUUACCCAGUGCUUGUAUGGCAGGUCUGACAUACAGGUAUCCCAGCUGUGAGAGUGUGACAGAUGAAUAUGCGGGUCACAUUAUCCAAAUCCUAAAACAGGAACGUGGUAAUAGUGAGUUGUUAAUGGAUCAGUAUGCCAAUAGACUUGCUUAUAGAUCUGUAAAAUCAGGAUUACAAGAAGCUUCUCGGACAGCCAAAAUGAAAUGCAGCUCAAAAAUAGUCCCUGUGCAAUGCUUACUGGAGAAAACCAAGAACGAGCUGUUCACAUUCUUAAAUAAAGACUGUAACCAAGAAGUGGAUAAAAAAAGGCAAAGUAAAAGACAGGGUGGCCUUUUUUGUAAAAAUCAAAGUUGUGAAAGGACACAGGAUACAUACAGAAACGAGUGCUCUGAACUGUUUAGUUUUUCGGCCUCUCUUGCUCACAGCAUAACAAGAGAUGUUAAAAAAGAGCUAACAACAUCUACAGUUGGCUUGCCAAAAUCCUUAACAGAUUCUUGCCUUUAUGAAAAACCUGGAUGUAAUGAAGAACCCGGGUCUCAGGUUGAACCACAAUUUCCUAAGCCUCUUCAGCUAUCCUCUCAAAAUCACAUGUUUUACCACAGUAUUGGCAGCUUAAAUGAAUAUGGUUGUGGAGAGAAUGUUCCAGCUAUAGAACGGUAUGCUAAAAAAGUAGUGGAUGACACUUUGGAGUUAAGUUUAGAGUCUGCUGUUGUUCAAGUGUCUGAGACCACAAAAUCAGCAGAUAGGAUUACUUAUGCAGAAAAGUUGUCACCUCUUACCAGUCAAGCUUGCAAAUACUGUAACCUUAAAGAGCUCCAUGAUUGCACUAGAAAUUCACCUCAGCACAUGUCCAGCCAUGUUGCAGUUGCCAGUAGUAAGCCGGUUUCUAAAUCAAAAUUUAGCAACACCUGCCAGCAAUCUAGAAUUUUUCAUCUUGAUGUCCCCCAAAUUCAAGUUGAUCUUGAUAAGAAGACAGUGCUUGCUGGGAAGAUUGUUGCUGAAGCUCUUGAAAAAGCGGAAAGAGAGCUGAGCAAUACCAGUUUGGCAGCUGAUAGUGGAAUUGGACAGGAUGGUGUUAGCUUUGCUGAAAGCCUCACCACAGAAGUAAUGACAUCAGCAAUGAUGAAUGUUGCACAUGCUGUUAGUAGUAAUGGUAACAGCAGUAGCUGGAGCAGUCUUGGUUUAGAAGGAGAUUUGUAUGAGGACAAUUUAUCCUUUCCAACAUCAGACAGUGAUGAACUGGAUGAUAAAGAUGAAGAGCAUGGGGAUGAUGUAGAAGGUUUGGGGCAAGAUGGAAAGACUCUGCUAAUUACAAAUAUUGACACAGAGCUGUGCACAGUGGACCCUCAACUGAGGAUAAUUCUUCAGUGGCUUGUUGCCUCAGAGGCUGAAGUUACAAAACUUUAUGUCCAUGAUUCGGCCAAGGAAGAUUUUAUACUACUUUCAAAACAGUUACAGGAAAAAGGAUGGAAAGUGGGAGACCUCCUGCAGGCUGUGCUUAAGUACUAUGAGGUGAUGGCGAAGAUGUCCAGCGAGGAGAGAUGCAAGUCACUGUUUGAUUGGCUCUUGGAAAACGCAUAG